AUGCCAUUCUCUCACCAUAGCCAUUCUGGCCAGUUCUGUGGCCACGCUGUCGACACUCUGGAGGAUGUCCUUCAGGCUGCGAUUAGAAAGCAGUUGAAAGUAUAUUCCUUCACCGAGCAUAUUCCCCGAGAUGAAGCCGACUUCUAUCCUGAAGAGAUCGCGUCGUCAGAGACGCGAGCGACUCUUUUCAAGCUCUUCGACGACUACUACCAUGAGGCCUGCCGAUUGCGCGAUAAGUAUAAAUCUCAGAUCACCGUGUUGAUAGGCUUCGAGAUUGACUGGAUCCGCCCAUCCUCCCGAACCAUCAUCGCAGAGCUUCUCCAGUCGUAUAGCUUCGACUUCUUCGUCGGCUCCAUUCACCAUGUCCACACCCAUAUUAUCGACGGUUUAGCCUCCAAUUAUGAGAAGGCCACCAUUGCCUCUGGCGGCUCUGAGGAGUUACUAUACCGGGACUACUACGACGCACAGUUCGAGAUGCUCGUUGAACUGAAGCCCACCGUCGUAGGGCAUUUUGAUGUGAUUACACUCCGCAGUAAGGCACGGUCUGCGAACUUACAUACGAAGAAGGACAUCUGGGAACGUAUCGUCCGGAAUCUUCGGUACAUCCAUGAGUACGGUGGCGCGCUAGAAAUCAAUUCAGCCAGUCUCCGGAAGCAAAUGAAUACACCCUAUCCACACCCUGAUAUCUGCAAGGAGUUCCUCCGGAUUGGCGGCCGAUUUGUACUUUCUGAUGACAGCCACGGGGUAAGCCAGGUUGCUUUGGAUUACCCCAAAGUCCGCCGAUUCCUUGAAAACACCGGGAUCAAGACAAUAUAUUAUGUCAAGCCGAACGGGGAUGCACCGCCCAAAGGCCUCUCUUCGUGUUGCUUGGAGCCGGUGGAGGUCGCUGCUCUCAGGGACCAUCCAUCCUGGGCGUGA